AUGCACCACGUGAGUAGGGUGAGAGGCCUGGAGACUCAACUGGUGUGGGCCAUCUCCAAGGAGACAGCCAGGCUUAAUCCAGAGGGCAUCCCCUACUGUGCCACCAAAGUGCAGUCCAUCACUUGGAUCCAGCGUGUGGCUGGCAGGGUGACCCACUAUGCGUCUCACCUCCGCCACGAGACGUCUGUGGACGUGACGCUUGGCUGCUACCAGCAGACUGAUGUCUCAGUGGUGUACGCCACUCUCCACAUGGGGCUGGAUGGGCUUCUCUCCUCUUCAGCGUGGUCGGAGGCUGCCUCCUUCUCUACGCCCACCACUCAGCAGUUCUCUGACCCAGAGCCUGAGGGCCACAACUGCUAUGAGGGCUGGGAGGAGGACCUGCUGCCUGAGGAGAGGGAGGUUCCUCUGCUAAACCUCUACCUUACCACCAAGAGAGUGGAGGACAUCGCCCUGAGGCUCGUCUCCCUGCGCCAGGCCUUCACUACCCUGCUUGGUUCCACCCUGAGCAGGAACCAUCUGUUUGUGGCGGGAAAGGUCCUCCUGGGCGCACUGGUUCAGGCCAACCACAUGGACGAGGCCAAGUUCCUCCGUACCUAUAAGGACUUUGUGGACUACCUGAGUGACCCCUCCAAGCGGAAUGACAUUGAGAGGGAGCUGGCUGAGGCAAAGAUCCAUCAUGUGAACAUGAUAGAUGUCCUCUUUGAGCUGGUGCUGUUUGGGUUAAUGACAGCUCAGAAGUCCCUGAUGGUGCACCCUGGUGGGUUCGUGGAGCGUCUGUACGCUCUCCUGUACUCCUUCCUGCCCACUGCUGCCAAUAUGGAGCCAGAGGCUGACAGAUACCUGCUGCUGCUCAAUGAUUCUUGUGACACUUUGCCACCCAACAGGGAUCUAGACACCAAUGCACUACAUUACUUUGCACUGAAUUUUACAUUUUUAAAUAAAACAAAGUUAUAA